UCUCACUGAGAGGUCUCUAAAAUCUCGCGAUAUUUGUCAGGACUCUGUGUUUAGCCAACAGCUGAUUUUUUAGAAAGCAAAGAGCUGGGAGGAUACACAAUUUUAAGAAGAAUUAACAUCUUUUGCAGUUGUACGCAUCUAGUUAUUUAACUAAAUAUGGCAGAGACAGACCCGAAAUCGGUGCAGGAUCUCACAGCAGUGGUGCAGACAUUGCUGCAGCAGAUGCAGGAUAAAUUCCAGACAAUGUCAGACCAGAUCAUCGGGAGAAUUGAUGAAAUGAGCACCCGCAUCGAUGAUCUAGAGAAGAACAUAGCAGAUCUGAUGACUCAGGCUGGAGUGGAAGAGAUUGAAGGGGAGAACAAGGUCAAAGAGGGAGGAGAGGCCUCCUAGUAGAGGAUGCUGAGUAGAAGACACUAUAUAAACCAUUCAGGAGCAGCAAAAUUUUCUCUAUGGUGACUAACAUGUUUCAAUUUGAUGUGAUGCUUUUUUUUUAAUAUUUAGCAGGAAUUAAAGUCAAUCUUGAUGCUGUGACUGUAUGCUACCCUUUUUUUUCCUUUUUGCUGUAAUGGACUGCAAAGAACUUUUUAAACAUGACAUCCAACUGUAGAAUCGAACCCCGCGUUACUGUAAUAACAGCACUAGCCUAAGUGCCAACCUAACACCAUUCCUGUUGUUGAAUUAAAGUUGUUUCUUAAAA